AUGAAAGGCGCCGGCUCUGCUUCCUUUCUCCUAACCCUUCUCAGCACGAUCACCCGCACCUCCGCCCACGGGUAUGUCUCCAACAUCGUGAUCAACGGCGUCUCGUACCGGGGCUGGCUCCCAUCCCAAGACCCCUACAGCCCCUCUCCACCCAUUGGAGUCGGCUGGGAAACCCCCAAUCUGAGCAACGGCUUCGUUACCCCCGAAGAAGCCUCCACCGAUGCGAUUAUCUGUCAUAAGGAGGCAACCCCAGCCCGCGGGCACGCCACUGUCGCAGCAGGAGACAAGAUUUACAUCCAGUGGCAGCCUAUCCCGUGGCCUGACUCACAUCACGGCCCGGUGUUGGACUAUCUCGCCCCCUGCAAUGGGGACUGCCAGACAGUCGACAAGAACAGCCUCGAGUUCUUCAAGAUCUCCGGCGUCGGCCUGAUUGACGGCUCCUCUCCGCCGGGCUACUGGGCGGAUGAUGAGCUGAUCGAGAACGGAAACGGAUGGCUCGUCCAGAUCCCCGCCGAUAUCAAGCCGGGAAAUUACGUGCUCCGGCACGAGAUCAUCGCGCUGCACGGUGCGGGUAGCCAGAACGGGGCACAACUGUACCCGCAGUGCUUCAAUCUGAAGAUCACCGGGUCGGGCACUGCUGAGCCGGCCGGUGUUCCAGGGCCCGAACUCUACUCGCCUACAGACCCAGGCAUUCUGAUCAACAUCUACCAGGUCCUGACAGAUUAUGUUGUGCCUGGACCGACGCCAAUCCCGCAGGCCGUUGAGGUUGCGCAGUCUUCGUCGGUGAUCACAGCAACAGGAACGCCGACGCCGGUAUAG